GGGUGUAAAAUAGAUUUGAGAUUGAUUAUUUUGUUUGGAAGAGUAUUAGCAUCAUCUAGAUUCCUGGGAUUUCUACCUUUCUGACUCAAGAUGCAUGUAUUUGUCUAGAAUACCUGUGGAGAAUAAACAAUGGAUUCCUUAGACCAUAUGUUGACAGAUCCCCUGGAACUUGGUCCAUGUGGAGAUGGCCAUGACACACGAAUCAUGGAGGAUUGCUUACUGGGGGGCACCAGGGUCAGUCUACCUGAGGACCUUCUAGAGGAUCCCGAGAUAUUCUUUGAUGUUGUCAGCCUCUCAACAUGGCAGGAAGUAUUAAGUGACUCUCAACGGGAACACCUCCAGCAGUUUCUGCCUCACUUUCCUGAAGACAGUGUUGAGCAGCAGAAUGAGCUCAUCCUAGCCCUAUUCAGUGGGGAGAACUUCCGCUUUGGAAACCCUCUGCACAUUGCCCAGAAGCUUUUCCGAGAUGGACACUUUAACCCUGAGGUGGUCAAGUAUCGGCAGCUAUGCUUCAAGUCACAGUACAAACGCUACCUCAACUCUCAGCAGCAGUAUUUCCAUCGACUGCUGAAGCAGAUCCUUGCUUCCCGGAGUGAUCUACUGGAGAUGGCCCGGCGGAGUGGUCCAGCCCUUCCCUUCCGACAGAAGCGCCCUUCACCAUCUCGUACUCCUGAGGAGCGGGAGUGGCGGACCCAGCAACGCUACUUGAAGGUCUUGAGGGAAGUGAAGGAGGAGUGUGGUGACACGGCCCUGUCAUCUGAUGAAGAGGCCACGUUGGAUUUACAAGAAAAAUUUUCUUUUGAAGAUCUCAGCUCAUGGCUUCCGAGCUCUCCAGCACGUUCUCCUAGUCCUGCGGUGCCCCUGAGGGUGGUGCCCACGCUUUCAACCACGGAUAUGAAAACUGCAGAUAAAAUAGAACUGGGGGACAGUGACCUGAAGAUAAUGUUAAAGAAGCACCAUGAGAAGCGGAAACAUCAACCAGAUCACCCGGAUCUUUUGACAGGGGACCUGACCCUCAAUGACAUCAUGACUCGAGUAAAUGCAGGCAGAAAGGGCUCUUUGGCAGCUCUGUAUGACUUGGCUGUCCUUAAAAAAAAGGUUAAGGAGAAAGAAGAAAAGAAGAAGAAGAAAAUAAAAAUGAUCAAAUCCGAGGCAGAGGAUAUGAAUGAGCCCCUAAGUAAUACUGAAGGGGUCCCACCGCUCUCUCAGGCCCCAUCUCCACUGGCAAUUCCUGCUAUCAAGGAAGAGCCCCUUGAAGACCUCAAACCUUGCCUUGGAAUCAAUGAAAUAUCUUCCAGCUUCUUCUCUCUUCUGUUAGAGAUCUUGCUGUUGGAGAGUCAGGCUAGCCUUCCCAUGCUAGAGGAGCGUGUUUUGGAUUGGCAGUCUUCUCCAGCCAGCUCCCUUAACAGCUGGUUCUCUGCGGCCCCCAACUGGGCUGAAUUGGUGUUACCAGCCUUGCAGUAUCUUGCUGGAGAAAGCCGGGCUGUUCCUUCCAGUUUUUCUCCAUUUGUUGAGUUCAAAGAGAAAACCCAGCAGUGGAAAUUGCUUGGUCAGUCCCAAGAUAAUGAAAAGGAAUUAGCUGCCCUUUUCCAACUGUGGCUAGAGACCAAAGACCAGGCCUUCUGUAAGCAAGAAAAUGAAGACAGCUCAGAUGCCACAACACCUGUCCCUCGGGUAAGAACUGACUAUGUGGUGCGGCCCAGCACAGGGGAGGAGAAACGGGUUUUUCAGGAGCAGGAGCGUUAUAGGUACAGCCAACCCCAUAAGGCGUUCACCUUUCGCAUGCAUGGCUUUGAGUCCGUGGUGGGGCCAGUGAAGGGCGUGUUUGACAAGGAGACCUCACUCAACAAGGCUCGGGAGCAUUCACUGCUGCGCUCUGACCGGCCUGCCUAUGUCACCAUCCUGUCUCUUGUUCGGGAUGCGGCUGCUCGACUGCCAAAUGGAGAAGGCACACGGGCAGAGAUCUGUGAGCUCCUUAAAGACUCCCAGUUUCUUGCACCAGAUGUCACCAGCACUCAGGUGAAUACAGUAGUGAGUGGUGCACUGGAUCGGCUUCAUUAUGAAAAAGACCCUUGUGUGAAGUAUGACAUUGGACGAAAGCUGUGGAUCUACCUGCAUCGUGACCGAAGUGAAGAAGAGUUUGAGCGGAUUCACCAAGCACAAGCAGCUGCAGCUAAAGCUAGAAAAGCCCUUCAGCAAAAACCUAAGCCUCCAUCCAAGGUGAAGUCUAGUAGCAAGGAGAACUCCAUAAAGGUUCUCAGCAGUGGCCCUUCUGAGCAGAGCCAGAUGAGCCUCAGUGACUCCAGCAUGCCACCCACCCCAGUCACCCCUGUAACCCCCACCACGCCAGCAUUGCCUGCCACUCCGAUCUCCCCUCCACCUGUGUCAUCGGUGAACAAAAGUGGCCCUACCACCAUCUCCGAACCAACUAAAUCUAACUCAGGGGUUCUUCUAGUGUCCUCACCAACAAUGCCACAGCUAGGAACAAUGCUUUCCCCAGCUUCCAGCCAGACUCCACCUAAUUCUCAGGCUGCUGCCCGGGUUGUGAGUCACUCUGGCUCAGCUGGACUGUCCCAGGUGCGAGUGGUGGCCCAGCCUAGCCUUCCUGCUAUUCCCCCGCAGUCAGCAGGGCCAGCCCAGACACUGCCACAGAUGCCAGCAGGACCACAGAUCCGGGUUCCAGCUACUGCCACACAGACCAAAGUAGUGCCCCAGACAGUAAUGGCCACCGUUCCAGUCAAAUCACAGACUGCAGCAGCCACUGUGCAGCGGCCUGGACCUGGGCAGACGGGGCUUACAGUGACAAGUCUCCCUGCUGCAGCUAGCCCCGUGAGUAAGCCAGCCACAAGUUCUCCUGGGACCUCUGUGCCAAGUGCCUCCACAGCUGCCGUUAUUCAAAACGUCACAGGACAGAACAUUAUCAAGCAGGUGGCAAUCACUGGGCAGCUUGGUGUGAAGCCCCAGACAGGCAACAGCAUUCCACUCACAGCCACUAACUUCCGCAUCCAGAGUAAGGAUGUAUUGCGUCUGCCACCCUCUUCCAUCACUACAGAUGCCAAGGGUCAGACGGUUCUGCGAAUCACUCCGGACGUGAUGGCCACGUUGGCCAAAUCCCAGGUUACCACAGUCAAAUUGACUCAGGACCUCUUUGGGACAGGAGGCAGCACUACAGGCAAAGGCAUCUCUGCUACCUUACAUGUCACUUCCAAUCCAGUCCAUGCAGCUGAUAGCCCUGCAAAAACCAGUUCAGCCAGUGCCCCUUCAUCCACUCCAACAGGUACCACCGUGGUAAAAGUGACUCCUGACCUCAAACCAACAGAAGCCUCAAACUCGGCUUUUCGCUUGAUGCCAGCUCUUGGUGUGAGUGUGGCAGACCAGAAAGGAAAAAGCACGGUAGCCUCUUCAGAAGCAAAACCAGCUGCCACUAUCCGCAUCGUGCAGGGCUUGGGGGUGAUGCCUCCUAAAGCAGGCCAGACCAUCACAGUUGCAACCCACACCAAGCAAGGGCCCUCAGUAGCCAGUGGGUCUGGAACUGUCCACUCUUCAGCAGUAUCCUUGCCCAGUAUGAAUGCUGCUGUGUCCAAGACUGUGGCUGUGGCUUCUGGGGCUGCAAGCACCCCCAUCAGCAUCGGGACAGGAGCCCCCACUGUGCGGCAGGUCCCUGUCAGCACCACGGUUGUGUCCACAUCCCAGGCUGGGAAGCUGCCUACGCGGAUCACAGUUCCACUCUCUGUGAUUAGCCAGCCAAUGAAGGGCAAGAGUGUGGUCACAGCCCCCAUCAUCAAAGGCAACCUUGGAGCCAACCUCAGUGGGUUGGGUCGUAAUAUCAUCCUCACGACCAUGCCAGCGGGUACUAAACUCAUUGCUGGCAAUAAGCCUGUUAGUUUCCUCACUGCCCAGCAGUUGCAGCAACUUCAGCAGCAAGGCCAGGCCACACAGGUGCGCAUCCAGACUGUUCCUGCAUCCCACCUCCAACAGGGAACAGCUUCUGGUUCCUCCAAAGCAGUCUCUACUGUUGUUGUGACCACAGCUCCAUCUCCUAAACAGGCACCUGAGCAACAGUGACUAUGAGCAAGAGAUGGCUUCCAUAAAAGACCAUACCUGAUCUGUCCUGGCUGAAAGCAAGGGAACAGGGAACUCGCAUCCUUCCUCUAAGCUUGUCUGUCCAAGGCAGUCGGGAGGAGGAUGAUGGCAACAGUGACCUGGAUUCUGCUGCCAUGCUCCACAGUGGAGCACCCUGAGAAAGGUUCACUACAGGGUUCCAAGGUUUGCACUGUACCAGUCCAGGAGAAGAUUCUGUUGGAAUUGGGGAAGGUCACAGUUAUGUCAUACAAGCCAGGGUUCUCUUCUGAGAAUAAGACACACAGGGAGGGCUUACCAGUUGCAGAGUACACAGCAAAUAAGCCUUGUUCUGUAUGAGGGUUGUAUUUUUCAGGUCCCGGUCUUCUCCAUGACUAGUGGUCUGGAUAGGAGUUUUGUGUCCAGAAAAUUUUAUGUAACUUAUUUUUUUAAAAACCUAUCAUACGUCUUUAUCAAAUAGAAAUGGGUGUUAGCCCCUACACCAAACUAAUUACUUAUUCUUUUGACUAGAAUGAGAGAGUUGCAAGAAUCUUAGUAAGUUGGGGGCUGACUUGAUACCACAUAGUAAUCAAGGGUCUGUAAGGUGGGAAAAACAGACAAAGUAAAGUGGUGUGGAUUUCUUGACGUGGGUUGGUUUGGUACUACUUUUUAAGAUGGAGUGUUGGGAUCUAUUUGUACUUGUCCACUUUUUGCUUGGCAAACCUGCUCACACUUGGAAGUCCAGAGCCAGAGGACAGAGCAGGAGAAUGAGAGUGGAAAUGGUGCUUUUGCAGCACAGACUUUGUUACAGUUCGGAGUUUACGUUCUGCUGUGCUCCAGAGCAAGAGUCACAAACCAGGCCCUUAGGACUGGCUGCAUGUUUUUGUAAAUAAAGUUGUUUCGAAACACAGCCCACAUCCAUUUGUUUAUGUAUUAUCUGUGACUGCUUCUGGGUUAGCAGGCUGAACUGACAGCCUAAACUGUCUCUUACAUGACAAUUUUGUUGACUCCUGCUCCAGAGUAAAGUUGGUAGGAGGAAAAUGAGGUGCAGAGGGGUCUGCCUGGCAGUACCAACCCCAAAAGAGGUCAGUCUGGAUUUGCAAGUCUUUUAAUCCUGGCUUUUUCACACUUCUCAUCCUCCAUCAGCUAGAGGCUGAGAUCAGAAUGAUAUUUUUAAAUGUAAUAUGGAAUUAAAGCACUGGUUGUUAACAUAUGCUUCUCUUGUCUUGGGGCUGGGUGGGUAGAGGUAAAGCUUUUCUGCAGUGAUAGGGAUUCCAGGUCUCUUGAGAGUAUCUCAAUUAUUAAAGAUUUUAUCUCCUA